AGAGAAGCGAAGCGACGAGGAGGAUAACGCAUAUCUCUUGCGAGUUAAUUAUAGUUGACCUCCAACAGUAAAACCGCCUGCCUUUCUCCAUAUAUUUCCACACGGCUCGUGAGAAAGGUCCAAGUGCAUUCACACGGCCUCUUCUUAUGAGUAAUGUGGAUCGUGGAAUGUGGAUGUUUGAACUUGAACUAUAAAUCUCACAUAAGCAUGAACCAUCAAUUUCAUCUGCAUCAUGAUUCGUCCAAGGUGGACAAUCUGGCCUGGGACGAUGUAAUCUAGCCAGUUUGUGCAACCAAAGAUUGGCGAUUGAGGCCAGCAUUUCGUCGUUGUUAAUUGGCGUUAAUUGGGCAAAGCAUGUAUAAGCUGCUCGCACAAACAAAUUCUAAAGCAGAAAUUCCUGAUUAUCUUUUUGAGAGCCCUUCAGCAGCUUCUUGCCCCUCGGAGUUUCUUUCUGAUGCAGUGUUUGCAGGAGAUAAAUUCUGGGAUCUUGAAGCUGCAUAUGGUCGAGUUGAUGGAGUUGUCAAAACUGCUGCAGGUUUUUGUGGUGGAAGGAUCCGUAAACCUUCAUACAGAGAGGUUUGUGAAGGAAAAAGUGGCCACACUGAAGCCGUGAAAGUAACGUAUGACAAGAGGAAAAUCGCGUAUGGAUUUCUCUGUGACAUGUUCUGGGAAACUCAUGAUCCAACCAAUAAGGACUUUUUGAAUUUUGGAUUAGGUACGCAUUAUAGGUCAGCUAUAUUUCACGCAACAGCUCAAGAGAGGAAAGAAGCACAACAGUCAAAGAUCAGAAGGCAGAUGAAGCUUAACAGACGGAUUGUAACAAAGAUCAUUCCAUAUUCGGGUGAAUUCUAUCUAGCUGAGAAUUAUCAUCAGAAGUACUAUCUGCAGAAGCAUUGCUGGCUCUGCGAAAGCCUGAGCCUUCGAAGCACUUGCAACUUUGUAGAGUCCCAGAUUGCUUGCAAACUAAACGGAGUCUUGGCGAUGGAAGGGAAAUUCAUCAUUGAUGAAUUGGGAAGAGUUGUAGAAACCUGUCAGCUGCCAAAGCAGAGCAUUUCAGCAUGUGAAGAGAUCAUAGGGAGCAUAAAAAGAAACCUCGACGGAAAUAUUCACAAAUCAACCAUUGUUUCUUAGAGGGAAAAGAUUUGUGCGCUCCCAGUUAUACAAAAUUCAGGCAUCGAUACAAGAACAGAUAUAUCUGUGAAGAAAUAUCUGCACCCUCCUUGCAAUUGUUGAUUCUUUGCCUCUUAAUCAUGAAGUCCAUUGCUCCCGUAUUGUCCAUCUUUCUCUUGUUUGGUGAACACCCUUCUUUUUUCACUGGGAAUUGAUUAGCAUCGUAGAAUAUUAAUCUGCUUUAGGCAAAUGUAGCGAAGCGUCGCAGCUUAUCCAUUAUUAUCCUGUCUGUCUUUCUUGAUAAGUUAUCCAUUCCCAGGUGACAGAAAAAUGAGCAACCAAAAGUAAGAGAAAGAUAUGCAUUGGAUAUUACAUAUUAUAUGAUGAUUCUCAUAAUGUACCUUGUUCAA